AUGGAGCUUGCACUGGUGACAAUGUACAUCAUCUACAUAAAGAUAUGUGCACGUGCAAGUGCAACACGAUAUAAACACAUAAGGAUUAAGUUUAAGACACAUAGAGUCAGACCAAGCGAUAAUUGGAGAAAGACAGAGAUUGAUCAUGAAGAACUGAGGUACCCCAAAACGGUCUUGAGAUCCGCUCUGAACUUCGUAAGUGAUGGAGAAGAAGUCAGAGAAGGAGGUAGAGAUUUUCAGAGAAUAUGGCCAGAAAAAGCAAAUGCAGAUAUAGCAAGAGUGUUUAACCCGAGUUACAAAGAAAUGAGAACAAGAAGACGAUUGUAA